CUAUUGUCAACAUGGGGUUUCUGUUCUGGCUAGCGACGUCCGUGAUGUUGAUGACUUGGAUCAUCCAAAUCACAUCGUUUCCAACAAAAGUAAAUCUUAGAAUAGAGAAAUCUGGAGUCGUUUGCCUGAGAGGUUCUUUAGACUACGAGUAUGUCCCACCAAACGAAGGUUUGUUGCAGUUUGAAACCAAUUUAGCGAGCAGUUAUCCGGAGAACACACCCGCUUCCUUGCGCGGGGAAGCUGUUCGCAGUGCCUUACGUUCCGGACAGUGUAUUGGAUGGAAAUUGGACGAAACGCCUCUAAAGUUUGGCGUUGUGGGUGUCAAUGGCGAUGGCUGUUUGAGUUUUCUCAACAACAAAUUAACCCAAACGUUUUCCGCCUCUGGUCUCGUAGAUUCCCUUGGAUCUUUCUACCAGGCUUGUUUGCUGAACGGAAAAGGGCGCCUUGUAGACCGAUUAUCCGUCGCGAUCACGAGUGUCGACUCUGGAUACAUGUUGACGUCGCCCGGUCACGCAGGAGAAAGUCUUUUUCGCAAGUUGGAUCCGUAUAUUUUUCCCCUCGACCAAGUCGAGCUCAUUGAUAGCACCAGCUCCUCUUGCAUUUUUGACCUCGUUUCAACCAAUAUCGAAGAUGUUCGAACAGUUUUCAACGAGCAAAUUUUACCGCGAAUUGACCUUAAGAACAACAACUGUUUUCAGCUGCCUUCGGCUCGACAAUGUACGAUGAUUCCUCUACAGGGUGGUGUUGAUCCUUCUCUACUCAUUGUACCCUCAACAAGCGUCAAUUCGUGUGCGGCCGUCGGCUACACCUUUUGCUUCUUAAAUGAUCACGAAAAGAUAGGAACACAUGUUUGGGACUUUCUGAUUUCGGAUGGUAACACGAAAGGACCCGUCCAGAUCGGUGCUCUUGAGUUUGAAAGCCUGCGCAUCGAAUCGGGGUCCGUGGGGUUUGAACGUGAAAUGCUGGCCAACCAAAAGGACUCAUUUCUUGCACCACCCACGCCGCUAGAAUUGCAUUUAGAUUAUACAAUCAAUAUGGAAAAAGGAUGUUACCUUGGUCAGGAAGGGAUCGCGUCCGUCGUCAAGAAUCCAAGAGGGCCACCUCGAAUGCUGUAUCAGGUUGUUUUCGAUGAUGAUUUCAAUGUUUACGAUUACCAGUCAGCUGGUGAUCGAAGCAUCGUGGAAAACUUGACAAGAGUUCCGAGAGCAGGAGACAAAGUGUUUGUGCUGGGCAGCAAUGCAGAAAUUGAAGUUGGAGUGUUGACGUCAGUUGCCGAGCCAGGGUCCACGGGAGAGCCUGUAACUGUCGGAUUAGCGCUGGUCCGACGAGCAGACUCGAUCAUCAAAAAAAUGAAAGCCAAAAACUUGGAAAUCAAUCGUCGCAUUGAGGUAGAUACGCCAAUGGAGGGUGGUUCUGGAAUGAUACCUCCGCCUGCUCUUGAUCCUUUGGACGGGUUGGAAGUAAUCAUUGGUGGCGGUUCGGCCGUUGGUUCUUUGCGCGGGGUACCGUCGCGACGAUUUCGGAACGGUCGCAAUAUGUUUGACAAUAUUCCAGACUUUGUGAACCAAUUAUCCCAAGAGCAAGAUGGUGAAUUUCUCAUGGCUAAUCGUAACAGCGAUGGCACUCGGUUCCAACCGGAUGCCCCUGCCGCAAAAACUGCUUUUCUGCCAACUGAAGACGGCGCAGCCAACCUUGGCGACGAUGAGGACGACCUGAAAACCUUACAAAAGACUGCAGCGAAAGCAAGAAAAGAAGCCGCAGCAGCGGCGGAUGAAGCGAGGCGGAAAGCUGAAAAAAUGGAUUCGCUGCAAAAGCGUGCGGAAGAGGCGAUGGCCCGCCGCAAGGAAAAGGUAAGGGUAGAAACUGCGGCUGAGAGUACCAAUGAGGACGAGGCCGAUUCAGAAGCAAAGCGCAAGGCUGAAAAGAUGGAAUUGCUCAAAAAGCGUGCGGAGGAGGCCGUUGGUCGUCGGGCACAAAAGAACCAAGGAGGCGGAUAAAGUCACAAAAGACUAUAAUUUCUAGGAGAUCCUGAGAAGAUUGGAAUGAAGAUCAGCUUGUUUCUUCGCAUUUUGCAGCGGGAAUUUUGACUGCCUGGGGUCCCUAAAGAAGUAGCUGUCCGUUUGGACUGGACUACUAUGGCAAGGCAACGAUGAACUUCACUUUUCGAUGCUGUCAGAACAAAUCUUUCACGACGAGGUCGAAUAAUGUACUGUUGUACAGGAGGAAGCCACCAAGCACGCGUCCCUGCGAUGAUCUAUUAAUUAGCAUUCAUCUGAGAUUAGCUCAAUUUACAUUAAACCUCUCGUUCCAUU